AUGCUCAAGCGCGCCGUCCAUCAAGCUCAGCUCGUUCACCUCACCGCCAAGAAGAGCCAGGGCAAGGUCUACAACAUCACCGCCCACCAGCCCGUCUCCAACUACUUCCUGCGUGACGGACGCUAUAUCCGCUUUGCGGACUGGCGCUUCGUUCACCGUGCAAGACUCGACGUCGUUCCACUAAAUGGCUGCAACCGUGCCCGUGAUCAAAAAGACAAGCGUUGCCGAAGAUGUGGCUACCAACUCGAGAGCGUCGCCCACGUCCUGUGUCAUUGCCCUGCUCACGCCCACGCCAUCACCCUGCGCCACAACGCCGUCCUCGACCGCCUCGUCAACGCCAUCAAGCUGCCCGCGACCACCACGAAAUAUGUCAAUGUCAAGAUCCCCGGCACUGAUGGUCAACUACGUCCCGAUCUCGCCCUCGUCGACCAUGUGAAGAAGCGUGUGACGAUCGUGGACGUGACCAUGCCGUUCGAGAACCACGACCUGAGCGUCUUCGCUGCCGCACGUGCCGAGAAGCUCCGCAAGUACGCCGACAUCUUCAACAAGUUCAACGCGGAUGGCUACGACACGUUCCUGGACGCCUUCAUCGUCGGGCCACUCGGCGGAUGGGACCAAGAGAACGACAACGUGCUGCGCCGACUCGCCGUCUCCGUCAAGUACGCCGCGCUGAUGAAGAAGUUGAUGGUCGCCGAUGCGCUGAAGUGGUCAAGAGAUGCCUACGUCGAGCACAUCACCGCCCACCGCCAAUACCAAGCA